AUGUGUAUCUACUGGACAUGCAAGUACACGCUAUGCGGCUGUAUAUGGGAUAUGGACCCAUCAAAAUGCCCAAACAAGCGUUUCUGCUGGGGUCCAAGAAUGAUAACCCUCGAAUCCAACACAGCAACAUGCGCAGACUGCUGGGCAAGAGGGGACAAGCGGGUUUACGAACGACAAACAAGUGAUAAAGCUGACAAAGAUGCAGAAGCAUCCAAGACGACAACAUCGAAUUGCGAAAGUGACGCAGACGGGAGUGACAAUAGCUCCGACGAUGACGAGUAUUUUCUAGCCGAAGAGUUCCUGUCGCCAUAUCCAUGCUCGCGGCCUGCGACCCCGCAACUAUACUUCGAGGUACAUUCGGAAUUGUGCCCCGUAUCUGAGGACAACGAGUUCGAUUUGACCAGGGCCUGUCACCCGAUAGAUCCUGCAUCGAUGGGGAGGGACUAUCGAGCAAGGCGCCACAAGACGAUCCCAUUCGAGGACUUGUCGGAUGAUACAGAUUCUUUUGUUUCUUGUGAAGAGUACCUCGACGAAGAUGAAGAUCCCACCGACGAGGAAAGUUUCACUUCAGGAAACGAAGAAGAUGAUGUCUACUAUAGCAUGGUGGGUCCCCCUCUUAGGCCUAAAGGCCUAAUCAAAAGCUUGGAGGACCAAUCAUUACUGUUAUAUGGCUCGGCGCAAAAGUAUUACCCAACAGAAGAAUAG